AUGGCCGGAAUACUGCCGCUGGAGUUAUUGAUCGCAAUUGGGUCCUACCUGGAUGAAGGAGGGACCCCACUGGCCUCUUAUACUACUGUCUGCCGUAGGUGGCAGGCAGCCUUCGAGCCAUUCAUCUACUCGAAGAAGCUCGUUAUACAUAGCGAUAACGGAGGCACAGAGGCCCCUUCAUCUGCCAUAUCUGUGGAUAAAUUUCAAGCCCUGACAUCAGGUGCUGGGGCUACACGGCGUACAUGGAUCCGUCAACUGCAAAAUAUCAUCAGUGUGCCAUACGAACUUCCGGACUGGACAAGCCGCAAACAUAAAGGCUAUCGCCUGCAGAACCCAGUUCGGAAGGCGAACAAUGAAGCCUUCAGAUCAGCUACUUUCAGACUAUUUCAAGUACUCAGAACUUGGGACCAAAAUAAUCGUGUCUCUUUGGAAUUUGGUCUAAUGGGUCGUCAACUAGGAGAGGAGCCGUUUACAUCUUAUUACCCGGAUGCCUGGGAGUACACCUGGGACUUCACCAAUGGGCGAACAAAGGCCACCAAGCCUUAUCGGGCAUGUUUUCCUGAUAAUAAUGCUUCCAUGCUGCCAUACGUCGCUUGCAUCGACAAACUUCACUUUGUGGAUCUCUGGGACCCGGACAACGGCCAGAGGAAUCACCAGAUCUGGGCCAAGGCAAUCUUCCAAAUCGUACAACACUGUCCGACAAUUGUAGAACUGCAUGUGGAUCUGGACUAUCAGACUAGGCCGGACCAACUAGAGUACUUGCAAGCUAGACGUCAAGCUCUGACUCUGGAUUUUCUCUGUCCCAUUGAUGAUUUCGGACAGCCUACUUUAGCUGAUCUGCACUGGCCCCACCUUGAGACUAUAGAGCUGAACGACGUCCCGCGUUGGCUUCCUUCAGGUACGAUAUGCAUACAUAAAAUUUUAACCGCAGACCGAAACUAA